CGCGCCGGGUGCUCCAGGUGCAGUUCCCAGGCGCUUGAGGGCCCGCGGUGUCCUGUAAGGAGUAGCCCGUCUCUGAUCCGCUCUUGCCGCGUCUCUACGCCCUAUCCACUGGACGCCAGUGAGCCUCAGAAUUCAGGGAAGCUACCUUGAGAUCCCCUGGUAUGUCUGAACUCUGAGUGGGACCUGCUAAGAGGCUGGAGUGACCUCAACUGCCUCCCCCAGCCUGGUAUCAAGAUGCUGAGCCUGAAGCUCCCCAGGCUGUUCCGCAUAGACCAGGUGCCCCAGGUGUUCCAUGAACAGGGCAUCCUCUUUGGCUACCGGCACCCACAGAGUUCCGCCACUGCCUGCAUCCUCAGCCUCUUUCAAAUGACCAAUGAGACCCUCAACAUCUGGACGCACUUGCUACCCUUCUGGUUCUUUAUGUGGAGGUUCAUGACUGCACUGUAUAUGACAGACAUCCAGAAUGACAGCUACUCGUGGCCUAUGCUCGUGUACAUGUGCACCAGCUGCGUGUACCCCCUCGCAUCCAGCUGUGCACACACGUUCAGCUCUAUGUCCAAGAACGCCCGGCAUAUCUGCUAUUUUCUGGACUAUGGUGCCGUCAAUCUCUUCAGCCUGGGUUCAGCCAUCGCCUACUCUGCAUACACGUUCCCUGAUGCACUGGUCUGCAGUACCUUCCAUGAGUGCUACGUAGCCCUGGCCGUGCUGAACACCAUUCUCAGCACUGGCCUCUCCUGCUACUCCAGGUUUCUUGAACUCCAGAAGCCCCGGCUCUGCAAGCUGCUCCGGGUCCUGGCCUUCGCCUACCCCUAUACUUGGGAUUCACUCCCCAUCUUCUACAGGCUCUUCCUGUUCCCAGGGGAGAGUUCAAGAAACGAAGCCAUGUUGUACCACCAGAAGCACAUGGUCAUGACCCUCCUGGCCUCUUUCUUGUACUCUGCCCACCUGCCAGAGCGACUGGCUCCUGGACGCUUUGACUACAUCGGCCACAGUCACCAGCUGUUUCACGUGUGCGUCAUCCUGGCCACACACUUGCAGAUGGAAGCCAUCCUUCUGGACAAGACCCUGAGGAAGGAGUGGCUCUUAGCCACCUCCAGACCCUUCUCUUUGCCUCAGAUAGCAGCGGCCAUGUUUCUGUGCAUCAUUUUCAGCCUCAGCAACAUUAUUUAUUUCUCAGCUGCUCUGUAUCGGAUCCCUGAGCCUGAAUUACAUGAAAAGGAAACGUGAUUUCAGAAUGUGCCAGGUGUCGGCGUUAAGCAGUUGGCGUGGUACUAGCUUACAGUGGCCAAAAGCAUUUGUAGCCAACUGAUGUCUUGACAUUUUUUAAUGGGUUCAUAUCAAAAAAAAAGGAUCUAACUGGGCAGAGUUCUCUACACAUGCAUGGAUUCUGUAUGUGUUCUGUAAAUGUGGGUGUAAGUCCUGGAUAAGGAUAAAUAUUAAGUUUUAAACUUAUUUAAAAAUGGGGUGUUUAGGGACUGGAGGUGUAGCUCAGUUGGUAAAUACUUGCCUAGGA